GGUGUUGAAAACAUCGUAUAAAAAUGUUUUCAUUUUUAAUUUUGAUUUCAUUCAAUACUGCGCUACUUCAGGAAAUCUACGAAACAAAUGCCAAGGAAUAUGACCUCAUCAUUGAUUUCAAGCAUACCUUGGAUUACUACAUAAACGAAUGUCAACAGGAUUUGAAAAAGGAAAAAAUGAGAAACUACAAAAUAUAUCAGGAAACAAAUAAGCAUCUUUUAAAUGUCUUGGAAAAAAUAAAGAUCUUGAAUACAUUUGCAGCAUUGCUUCCCCCUAAUAUCAGUUGUUCUGUGAAUGACAUGUUGAUUCUUCCCCAUCCAGAGGAAUGUCAAUUGUAUUACAAUUGUUCAGUGAUUUAUUCUAUUAUCCCAAAACAAAUGGAGCAACACUUAAUGGAAUGCGACUAUCCAAAUUUAUUUUCACUCGAAACCAAUAGGUGUGACAAUUUUAGAAAAGUGGCAUGCAAAACUAGACGUGAAAUUAAGGAUAAAUGUAAAUAUCGACUAAUGAUUCAAAGUUUCUGGAGUCCAGAACCAUGUUUAUUGAGUUUCCCAAGUUGUGAUAACAAAACCGAUGGAUUGCAUGAACAUGGCGUGAAAAAGCCUUCGCCUUACUUCAUGAUUUGUGAUGGAGAAAGAUUUCUUAGAGAGGGCUUUUGUCCGGUUGACCCAACAUGGAAUACAAGAUCAUUUCCUUAUAAUGGACGAUGUCUAUCUUCAUUUGAGAUACCAAGGGAUAAGUAUUCCUAUGGUAAGCUUCCAUCAUGCGCUGGAAAGACAAAUGGCAGCUACCAGUUUCUUGAACUUCCAUGUGACGCGUUUUAUAAAUGUCAAAAUGGCCAUGCAAAAGCUACAAAGUGUCCAGAGAAUUCGCAAUUUGAUCAAGAUAGUGGAGCGUGUCAAAUCGGUGCAAUUUGUCCCUAAACUUUCGUAAAUAAAUAUUGAAAUAAGUAAUCAGUACCAAAAAACUUAUGGGUUUGAAGGGAUACGAGAUACUGAUUCCAGACAAUAUUUGAAACUGCUAGGAAAU